UGAGACUAGGGCAACCAAUCUGUGUAUCCCUAAUCAUCACCACACAACUUCCGAAUAAUACAGUGACGCAAUCAUCUGAAACUAAAAGUGGAAUUUAACUUGGCAACUUGGGUGAAUAGGUGGCUUUCUACAUAGCUAGCUAAAUAACUCUACCCACGACACCGAGGAUUUGUUUGAUGAAAGCAAGGAGGUAGUCAAUUGUCUUUUGGUGUUGAUAUAGCUAGCUAUGUAACGUUAGCUAAACUAAUAGCUACUGCUACAUUCUUCUCGCUAGCUAGCAUUAGCAUACAUGUUUUGCUGAACUAGCUAGCCACUGGAUCUAUCUGCUGCGUCAGUCUAUGUGGUAAUGUUACUAACGCCGUUGGAGCAUUGUUGAGCAACAUUUCUCUGAACAUUUAGCUAUUGUAACCUAGUUCGACUUCGGAAAUAUUGAUUCUCAUCUGUUUGGAUUAAUUUACACAUGCUAAUUUACAGGCAAGGGGGUCGGCUAGUUACAUCACCUCACUCUACAUCCUGAUCUGUGAGACAAUGGCUAGCGCUGCCCCUCCAACAGCCGCUGCCUCGACUGCCACUGAGAACCCCAGCCCCGGUUCCAGCAGCUCGACAGCGGGGGAGGGUGGCAAUCAGGACAGCACAUUUGAAUGCAACAUCUGCCUGGACACCUCCAAGGAUGCAGUGAUCAGUCUGUGUGGGCAUCUCUUUUGGUAAGCACCCUCUUGUCUUGACAGUGUUCUGUAUUUGUGAUUGAUUGAGGGGCAUUCAUCCUUAUUAUCUGGUUGCCUGUAAUAAUAAUAAUAAUACGCCAUUUAGCAGACGCUUUUAUCCAAAGCGACUUACAGUCAUGCGUGCAUACAUUUUUGUGUAUGGGUGGUCCCGGGGAUCGAACCCACUACCUAGGCGUUACAAGCGCCGUGCUCUACCAGCUGAGCUACAGAGGACCUCGGGAGAGGGUCUUGUUCACAUAAUUAAAUAUAGUAAUUUUAAUGUAUCUCUGUGGUCUUGUUAUUUCACGUCAUGUUAGUUGCAUAUGGGGAAAUGUUAUUGAUGCCAUUUUAAUUUUCGUAGUGCAAUCUUCAGAUUUCAGGAUGAAUGAUGAGAUGCUAUGACUUGACUGUCAUCUAAUUAUUCUAUCCCUUACCUUCCCUGUCCCCUUGCGCAUCUAGUUGGCCCUGCUUACAUCAGGUAAGUCAGUUGAUACCUCAUUUAUUUUACACAAACCACUGUCAUGAUCAGCUGUCACCUGACCCUUUCCCAAGGGAUGUUUGACUGCUUCUCUGAAUGUAUCAUGCAAUCUUAACCAGGGAUGUCUGAAUUGCCCCCCCCAUGUUUAUGCAGUGGUUGGAGACCAGACCAAACAGACAAGUAUGUCCAGUGUGCAAAGCAGGCAUCAGUCGAGACAAAGUCAUCCCACUAUAUGGCAGGGGAAGCACGGGCCAACAAGACCCAAGGUGGGUUGAUGCACUCAAAACAUGAAAGCAAGGGGCACAGUUUCCAUACAAUCCUCAGUUCUCUACUCUGAAUUUUACAUCCCAAACUACUGCUGUAAACAACUUAUCUCUCAUUGUUAUAGGGAGCGAACGCCUCCUCGACCACAAGGACAGAGGCCAGAGCCUGAAAAUCGUGGUGUAAGUACUGUGUAAUACAACAGCUCUAUCAUCACCAAGCCUAUACUCUCACUUUUCAGACUGUGUAAUUAUUUAGCAAGAAUGUGAGAAGUUCAAUCCAGUUGGUUCUACUGUGUACCACCUGUUUGCAAUGUUGGCUGCUGUAUUGCACUACCCAUUCAUGAUGAAACUAUUACAUGGGAUUGUGUAGUUGCUGUAGUGCAAUCCUGCCCAUAGCCUAAUUCAUUAGCAGAAUUACCUUUUCCACUGGGACCUAUUAAGCUCUAUCUGAGGAGUAAGAGAGAAAGGCUCUCUAUGACCCCUUGAGAAUGACAACACGGCACUAACGAUUGCAUCAACUCUCCCUCGAAACACAUGUUAAAAUCACGUUUUUUUGUACAUAUUGCAUAGUCAUUUUAUAACCCUGUCAAUGCAAUGUUACUGUAAGGUUAUCUUUUUUCCCAUUACAGGGAUUUCAAGGUUUCGGCUUUGGCGAUGGAGGAUUCCAGAUGUCUUUUGGCAUUGGUGCCUUUCCAUUUGGCAUUUUCGCUACAGCUUUUAACAUCAAUGAUGGAAGACCACCCCCAGGUACUUUAGUUCUGCAGGUUUGCCCAUUGUGUAUUGUAACAAUGUUUGAUCAAAAUUAUUGUGAAUGGCCCCCUCUACCUUGAAAAGCAGUUGUUCACCUGUUAAAGUAAUCUCUCUCCACUUGUUCCCCCCCACACAGCUGCCCCUGGGACCCCCCAACACAUGGAUGAACAGUUCCUGUCUCGACUCUUUCUAUUUGUGGCUCUGGUGAUCAUGUUUUGGCUGCUAAUCGCAUAAAUGUCUGUGCGGUCAGGACCAAGGCUCAAGUUGGACAGUUCUUAAUACUCUGUUUCCAGAUACUUGUUUGAUUUUUGUCAUUUUCCGCAUUUAAGUAUUGACUUCUUGACUUGAUUAGCCAUUUAUUUAAUUUUAGUAAUCGAGAUAACUACUGUUUGAUUACACCUGUACUAUGAAUCCUACAGAAGUCUGAAAUUAGUUUUGUUCGAACAACUAAUGGUGUAAUCUUAAAAUGGCCCUGCCUCUCAUUUCCAUCAAGGUUAUUAUGUUUUCAAUAGACAUUUAAGUGUACCUGGUUGGCAAUAUAGAACCAGAUACUAAAAGAGAGAUGGCAAAUCGGUAAAUGUAAGCUACCAGAUGUACCCUCUGUGCUUGUAUGGAUAUAGAUUACAAGUGGUAUGUCCUGUUUCUGAACUAAAUAUGAUAUAUCAAUUCAGGAAGAGACGUAUCAUUGGUGAUA